CAAUCAAACAUACGACAGCCUACCGCCCAGGAAAUGCUAAGAAAUAGACUAAUAAUAAUAGUGGUUUUGCUUAUAAGCAACAUCUUGACGGGCUGAACUCACGCUGGAACUUCAGUACUACAGCCGGAAAUCCAGAAUAGAAAUACAACUUCGAACAGAAGGAAGGAUACCUCUACUGACAGUGAGAUCUUCCCUGUCGCACCUGUUCCAGGGAUUAUCUUCGUUUUGUUAUUUAAAUGGAAUAAUGUCCGUGACCAUUCACACCGAUUUGGGUGAUUUAAAAUUGGAGGUAUUCUGCGAAGAGUGCCCGAAAACCGCACAGAAUUUCUUGGCUUUAUGUGCCAGUGGCUAUUACGAUGAGUGCAUAUUUCACCGCGUUAUCAAAGGCUUUAUGGUGCAAACGGGCGAUCCGACCGGAACAGGCAAAGGAGGCAACAGUAUCUGGGGGAAGAAAUUCGAAGAUGAAAUUCGCGAAGAUCUGCGCCACAACCGGCGCGGCACACUAGCCAUGGCAAAUAAUGGACCUAACACUAACGGCUCGCAGUUUUACAUUGCUUGUGCUCCCCAGCCACAUCUCGAUCUCAAGUACACCGUUUUUGGAAGAAUGCUGGAUGGUGAAGAUACUUUAUCAGCCAUUGAAAAAUUGCAAGUGGAUACCAAAUACCACCCGCACAAACAGUGUAAAAUUACGGGAGUGACGAUUCACGCAAACCCUUUAGCAGGAUGAGAUACGAGUACGUACAACAUGCGCAUUCCCGAGGCGGCAGUACUUCACUGAUCCGGCAAUUUAAAACGAUGAUUCGGAAAGACAAGCGAUACUUUUUUUACAGCUUAUUGUGGAAUAAUGCAACGGUGUUUGAUGUUUCUGCGAUAGAUUCAAAGAAUUUUGCCGUACUUCGGAACGCCACCUUGUAGUUGUACAAUCUUAUUGUUAGCAACGGCGUUGUGAUUGCGAUCAACGAUUGUGGAGUUUCCAGAUUUGUUGCUUAUCACUCUGUAAAAGUUAGACGCUUUGAGCAUAUGUGUUACGGUUAGUUCGUAAUUUGUAUUGCCGCUCCGGAUUGCAGUUGCUCGUAAAUAUUCCUGUACGAGUAUUUCACUCAUUUCGGUACUAUUUCGUUGUUAGCUUAUUUUGUACUUGUAUUCUGUAUUGCUCGAAUGUUGACAGAUCCAGUACGAGUAAUAAAGACAUGGGAAA